AUGUAUCCAAGAAAAUAUCGUUUAGCCGAUCCACUCAAUGUUACUCAAAGAGAGAAAUUGUUUCAAUCAACAUCAUCGAAAUCGCGUCAUGAUAGAACAACAGCUAUUUUAACUCCACGUUGGUGGCUUGUUUUACCAUGUUUAACAUUAAUAAUUUUGAUUCAAUCAUCAGAUCCACUUCUUAUGAAUGAUUUCAUUAUACGUCAUUAUGAACGUCGUUAUGGAUUUGAUACAUCACCAGGUUCACAGCAUAAAGAUUGUAUAAAAUCUCAAAGAACAUCUUCUUCAUCUCAAUCCUAUUGGCAAUUUUAUUCUAAUGAUCAAAAUCAUCCUGAUUAUUCAAAAGUUCAACAAGAUGCAGCUAGUUUUCAUACAAAAAAUUCAAUUGUUGGACUUAUUCCUGCAAGUUUAACAUUUAUUUUAUUUGGUGCAAAUUGUGAUCAUAUUGGACGUCGACCAUUGAUCAUUUUACCACUUAUUGGAAAAAUUAUUUGGUAUUCAUCAAUGUUAAUUAUUGUUCAUCGUAAUCUAUCUGAUACAUGGAUCUUAAGUGCUCGCGCGUUAGAUUCUAUAUUUGGUUCAGGUGGUUUAAUCAUGUUAGGUGCACUUGCAUAUGUUACUGAUUGUACAAAUACAUCAAAUCGACCACGAGCAUUUUUGUUAACUGAAGCUAUUAUGUUUUUAGCUCGUAUAAUACCAGUAUUAGCAAUAGGAAUUUGGUUGCGUUACUUCCAGUAUACUGUACCAUUGAGCGUUUGUUUGAGUUUGAGUGUAAUUGCUCUAAUCUAUGCAAUAUUUAUACAACCAGAGUCAAUCGAAAAUGCACGAACAAUGUCUUUUUUCAAACAGUUAACACUUAUUCGUUUCAAAUAUCUUAUUAAUAUUGUAACAGUAUAUACAAAAAAACGAUCUGACAAUAAACGACAACUAUUGAUAUUAAUAACAAUUAUAAGUAUUUUAAUUCAAGUUGCAGUGUUUGGAUAUUUAUCUAUACUUUCACUUUAUCUAUAUGGACAACCUUUAUGUUUGGAUGCAUUACAUGUUGGAUUACUGUCAACUGCCCAAGCAGUACUUGUAUUUCUUUGGAGUAUAAUUACUGCAUUGAUUAAUAAACCAUUUGAUAAUUCAUAUUUACCAUUAUUUAUGGGAAUAUUUGCUAUUAUUGGAAAUCUUAUUAUAUUAGCUUUUGCAAAGACGAUUUGGUUACUUUAUAUUGGUGUUUGUAUUGGAAGUUUAGCUUUCAUGAUUAUGCCUAUACUUCGAGCUAAAAUAGUAAAACAGAUUGAAAUGAAUGAAUAUGCAAUUGUAUUUAUUGCUGCUGGUAUUAUUGAAACUAUUGGUCAUUCAGCAGUGGGUGCUGCUGCGAAUAGUAUUUACAAUGCUACACUUAAGUUUCUCCCAGGUUUAGUGUUUUUGGUGUUUGCGGGUAUCGCCAUCAUUACAAUCUCAAUUAUAUCGUAUUUGGCAUUCUUGGAACAAAAGAUCUCGAAAAACACAAAUGCAAAUCGGCAAAACCAGCCAUCGGUCACCCAUCUAUGA